AAUAGGGAUGCCAAAGGAAAAAUAUGAUCCUCCAGAUCCUCGCAGAAUUUAUACCAUCAUGUCAGCAGAGGAGGUAGCCAAUGGGAAAAAAUCUCACUGGGCCGAAUUAGAAAUCUCGGGUAGAGUGCGGAGCUUAAGUACAUCACUUUGGUCAUUGACACACUUGACAGCGCUGCACCUAAAUGACAAUUACCUUAGUCGCAUUCCACCUGAUAUUGCCAAGCUUCAUAAUCUGGUUUACCUGGAUCUGUCAUCCAAUAAACUCAGAAGUUUACCAGCAGAACUAGGAAACAUGGUGUCUCUCAGGGAAUUGCUUUUAAAUAACAAUCUGUUACGGGUUUUGCCUUAUGAACUUGGUCGGCUCUUCCAGCUACAAACUCUAGGUUUGAAAGGCAAUCCUUUAUCACAGGAUAUUCUCAAUUUAUACCAGGACCCAGAUGGAACCCGAAAGCUACUGAACUUCAUGCUUGACAAUCUUGCAGUUCAUCCAGAGCAGCUUCCUCCGAGGCCAUGGAUUACAUUAAAAGAACGAGACCAAAUUCUGCCAUCAGCAUCAUUCACGGUUAUGUGUUACAAUGUGUUAUGUGAUAAAUAUGCCACCCGGCAGCUAUAUGGCUAUUGCCCAUCCUGGGCAUUAAACUGGGAAUACAGGAAAAAGGGAAUUAUGGAAGAAAUUGUUAACUGUGACGCAGAUAUCAUUAGUCUUCAGGAAGUGGAAACAGAGCAAUACUUCACUCUCUUUCUGCCAGCAUUGAAGGAGCGUGGAUAUGAUGGAUUUUUUUCUCCAAAGUCACGUGCCAAAAUCAUGUCUGAGCAGGAGAGAAAGCAUGUGGACGGUUGUGCAAUAUUCUUCAAAACAGAAAAAUUUACAUUGGUGCAGAAGCAUACAGUGGAAUUUAACCAAGUGGCAAUGGCUAAUUCAGAUGGAUCCGAAGCUAUGCUGAACAGAGUGAUGACAAAAGAUAAUAUUGGCGUUGCUGUGGUAUUAGAGGUCCACAAAGAACUAUUUGGAGCAGGUAUGAAGCCUAUUCAUGCUGCAGACAAACAGCUGCUUAUAGUGGCAAAUGCCCACAUGCAUUGGGACCCAGAGUAUUCUGAUGUGAAACUCAUCCAGACCAUGAUGUUUGUGUCAGAGGUUAAAAACAUUCUGGAGAAAGCCUCUAGUAGGCCUGGCAGCCCAACCGCAGAUCCUAAUUCCAUCCCGCUGGUGCUAUGUGCAGAUCUUAACUCAUUGCCAGAUUCAGGUGUUGUGGAAUAUUUGAGCAAUGGAGGAGUAGCUGACAACCAUAAAGACUUCAAGGAACUAAGGUACAAUGAGUGUCUUAUGAACUUCAGCUGCAAUGGAAAGAAUGGAAGCUCAGAAGGGAGAAUCACACAUGGCUUCCAACUGAAGAGCGCCUAUGAAAAUAACUUGAUGCCUUACACCAAUUACACCUUUGAUUUCAAAGGCGUGAUUGACUACAUUUUCUAUUCCAAGACUCAUAUGAACGUGCUUGGUGUCCUGGGGCCUUUAGAUCCUCAAUGGCUGGUUGAGAACAACAUCACUGGGUGUCCACACCCUCACAUCCCUUCAGACCACUUCUCACUGUUAACACAACUUGAACUCCACCCUCCACUCCUGCCUCUUGUUAAUGGUGUUCACUUGCCUAAUCGGAGGUAGUGGAGUACUGCCCCGCAAAGACGGGGAUCUGUUGCUAUGGACCUGUACAGUUGUAAAUCAAAGUAUGUAGGAGUGAAGUAUGGCCAUUCUUAAGCUGCUUCUUCAGGUUUCUUUCAUUAUGUGUUUGCUAUGAAAUUCUGUACAUUUUUGUGCAUAUUGGUAUCAUUUGGCACUAGGGCUGGAACCAAAGUAUUAUUCUCUUUCCAGAUUUUUAGUUUAAUGUGUUUUUAAAUUGGACUUCAUAGGAGUCAGCAUUCAUAAUUCAUAAAUCAACGUUUCGAGGCCCAACAACAGUGUAUUUGUUUUUCCAAAACAAAUGCUUUCUUUUGAAUGGUUUCAAAUGAGCCAACCGUUUUUGUAAAAGGCAAUUUUUAAAAACUAUAAGAUUUUAAAGUGAAUGAUGGCAUGCCUUGCAGGGGAAACUUUCUUGAAUUUCUGUUUUCCAUUAUAACAAACUGAUUUUUGGCUCCCCAAGUCACUUGCACAUUAAUAAAGCACUUAAAUUUGCCAGAUCUGUACAUAAACUAUGAUAUAGCCUUUAGCCGUAAUAAGAAAAAUUAAGAAAUUAAAGAUGGUUGCACAAUAUGCUUUCAAAAUCAAGCAUUUAACAGUACAUGACAGUUUGUUGGGCAAAUGCUGGUUGUUGUUUUUGAGGAAUCACUCUGUAUUUUGUUCCACCAUUAGUUAUAACCUUAUUAGAAGUAUAAAUUCUAAGCCUGUCUCUCCAGUUUAUGUAUAGGGAAAUAGUGGGUAAUUUCAACUACCACACAUCUUGAAAAUAGAAUUUUGUAUAUUUAGGAUGCCCACAAAUUAGUGUCCAGUAUUUUUCUUUAUUCGCAUCUACACUAUUCUGCCCGAUUGUGCUGGAAAAACAAAUAUUAUAUGAUCUGUAUAAUUUUUGCUCUUAUAGUCAAAUGUUAAAAAAUAACUACUGAAUGAAAAGGCCCUGAUCAAAAUUUUAGAAGGAGAAGGCUAUACAAAUAUUUCGUGUUUCCCAAAGUAGGUCAAGUGGCUGUUGGUUUUGGCUUUUGGAGGUGACAAUGGAAAGAAUUUGGAGGAGAGAGAACAGGGAGUAGUUGAAAACCUUGGAUCAUUUUUCCUGGCUCUAGUUGCCAAAUGGCCAUUAUAUGCUUUUAAUCUUUGUUUCCGUUGUCUGUCAGGGUUGAAUUAAGAAGCUACUGGUUUAUUCCCAACUGUUGAUGCUCUUUAGAUAUGUUGGAAUCCUUUUUUUGCCCAGGAGGGGCCAGUUGAAAAUCUGUGACUCAAGAGGCAGUGAACGUAAUAUCGUUUUCUAGGGGAAAAAUUGGUUGGCUACUUGAUGUUAAUUAUGGCACAGGAACAGGAAAAGGUUGUGUCUGUGUUUUUAAGUUUUUCUUUAUUCUGCUUUUUUGCUGCUAUAAGAGUUUUCUGAAAUUUAUAUUUUAAACUUUUCAUGCACUUUACUGUUUCUAGUCUCAAAAUGUGAUAUUUUUAAUAAACAAAUUUUCCAUUAUGUGAAUGAAAUUUUAAAAGAAAAUAGCCUAUAUUUGUGUCUCACUAAUAUAUAAAGUACAGGUCAAAUUUAAAUUAUUUAAUUAGUUUUAAACAUAUACAAUUCGUCUCUUCUUUCAAACCUGACAUCUUAGGCUGUUUUAUUAGUCUUAAAUGAUGCGUUUUCUUUGGUCAUUUUAUACUAAUUUCUCCCAUAGUAAAUUAAUCAGGCUAUAUAAGAUAAUAUUUCCCCUGAAGGGUAAUUUUAGUGGGACAAGAGUGGUGGGAUGAUGUAAUAUCAUAUAUGAGAUUGCAUCAGAAGGAUUCUAUAAAGCCUAAACUCCCUUUUAAAAGUGCCUAGUGAUAGAGGCGUUGUUUGUCAUCUAUUAUAAUUGGAAUGUCAUUGUAGUUGAGUGAAGUUUAAUGUAAAUAAAAUAUUAUUUUAAAAAUGUUAAAAGUAUCAGAAUAAACAAAGAGACAACCCUUAAGAUGACAGAUUUUCCUCAAUGUGCAGGUAUCCCUUCUUAUAUACCUCAAGCAUUCAACAUCUAGCCAUGCAAACUGAUUACCUGAAGCAUAGUACUGGAAAGUAGAAUAGCAUGAAAAACUUAAUUUUGUGGACAUUACCUUUUUUUGUAAUCAGCUACUGUAUGUUUUAUUUUAAAUCUUUUGUUUUGGGUGGGUUUUCUGCUCUGGAGGUAUAUGCACUAACAAAACAUUUUCCUCCUUUCAUAUACGCAUGUUAAUUAGCAAUGUGAGCAAUAUUUCCUACCAUACUUCACUCCCAAUAUUUUUUGAGAUGUUUGUAUAAAAUGGAAUUUAAAGUUCACUUAUGAUUGUAUAUGAACCACAGAGAAGCCCAUUUAUUAAUAAAAAACUUUUUUAAUAGUUAAAUGUAGAGGGAAAAAAAUAAAAAAAAAAUUGGGAAACAUUGUAAACAGCUUAAGUUUAUUUUGUGUAUGAUCGAGGCACUCUGUUGCAGGAAGGUGUGUAAUUGGGUUCUCUCUGCUUCCAAAUGCACUCUUUCAGACCAUUCAUUAUCCUGUGUAUUUUUAAUGUGGUUUUAGUAAAUGUUGGUAUUAGCGCUGUUGAAGUAGGUAAUUGUGUUAUGUUUUGGGUGGCACACACACUUGGGGCAUGGUAACCCAAAUUUCAUGUGCACGGUUUCCCUUUAGCCCACUGCCCAAAUUUCACACAUCCUUCACCCUUUGUUCCCUUUGUAAAAGGAGUAGUAUCUGUUUUGAGCUGCCAAUUCAGAUGAUCAGAAAUGCUGCUCUCCUCAGUAUUGUCUUGUUAAAACGCAUGUCAUUUUGAAGUUUGGCAGUGAGAAGCCAAAAGGAAGAGGUGAAUGACAUAUGGUGUAUGUUCAAUGAAAGUAAAAUAUUUAUGCUCAUAUACUUUCUAGUUCUCAGAAUAAGUUAAAUAAGCUUUAUGCCAAGGGGCUGCUGCAUAUUUUAUCUGAAGAUAAAAGAAAAUUUGGGCAUUUUUAGAUUGUGAUAAUAUGGUUUUUUUUUAACUGUUAAAUAUGAUUUCUGAUAUUUGUCUAAGAACUGGAGUGUUCUUUAAAUUUAUUAAAACAGUGUUGUUUGAGGAAGAGAAAACUGCACUGUUUGCUAUUACAAGAGUCAUACAAGUGCAUGUCAAGUCACCCACUCUCUCAGGCAUCAGUAUCCGCCUCAUAGCUUUACACAUUUUGAUGGGGAAUAUUGCAGCAUCCUCAGGACUGACAUCUGGGAAAGGCUCAAAUCCACUUACUGCUCCUUGCUUGUUGACUUUGUUUUAAAAUAUUGUGCCUGGUGUCAACUUUUAAGCAACAGCACUGCCUAAAAGCAAGCAGAGAACAGAAUCCCAGCACCAUUCUAUAGGCAACUUUUUAGAAUUCAGAUAUAGUAAAUCUGUUCAAGAUUUAUGAUGUUUUAUGUAAAAAAAAAAAAAUUUUGUACAACGUAGCUGAAUAUUUUUGUUUCAUUUCUUUGAUGUAAGGCGUGUGAACGUUCGUUUGAAUAUCACAUGUUAAAGUCAGGUAUGGCACAAUGGGUUCUGAGACCAGCUUUUCCUCCCUCCCAUUUGCCUUGUUUCAAGCUCUUUCUUUUCAAAUUACUUUGCUGAUAUUCAUAGGCAAAUAUUUAAUUUUACUAAUAAGCAUCCUGUGUGAAUGUAUUAAAGAAGCCACUGUGUUUUAGUGUUGUAGUUUGCAGAAAUAUAAAGCUUCAUUUCUUAUUUGUCCUUAUUCCUUGGUGUUUUUAAGUUCUGUAUUAAAUCACAGAGUAGCAAGGGAGAAAGUUGAAAGAUAUCUAAGGCUCAUAUCACUUGAUUCUAUGGUGGGUUAUAUUAGAAUUGAGGAUGUGGCACAUUAAAACUGGAACAUGGGUAAACAUAUUGUGUUCCAUUUUAAAAUUGUAUCUCCUAAGCAUAUAUUGUUAAAUGGGUGAAAAAUUAAGUUUGUAUUUGCUUUUCCAGGAGUUUCUAAAAGUCACUAAUGCCAUCUCUAGUUUCAAAUCAAAUAGCAAGGAGUUGAGAAAGCACA